UCCUGGGGCUCAGCAGCAGCAACCCCUUGCUUCAGGUUAAGGGAAGAGCAAGGUGACCAUCACAGACCUAAAGGGGACCUUGUUUGGGACGUCUGAGAGAGAGGAAGGGUCCAGGAUUUGCCUUCAGGCUUGGAUUGCUGAAUCAAAAUAGCAGGCACAGCCUGCCAAGACGAUGACAGUCACUUAUUCCAGCAAAGUAGCAAAUGCCACUUUCUUUGGAUUUCACAGAUUACUCCUAAAGUGGAAAGGCAGCAUCUACAAAUUGCUGUACAGAGAAUUUAUUGUUUUUGCUACUCUUUACACAGCGAUAAGUGUAUUAUACAGAUUUUUUCUUACAGGUAGUCAGAAACGGUUCUUUGAAAAACUGUCAAUUUACUGUGACAAAUAUGCUGAACAAAUCCCGGUAACUUUUGUGCUUGGUUUCUACGUCACUUUGGUGGUGAACCGCUGGUGGAACCAGUUUGUGAACUUGCCGUGGCCAGAUCGGCUGAUGUUCCUCAUCUCCAGCUGCGUGCAGGGCAGGGAUGAGUACGGGCGCUUGUUGCGGAGGACUCUGAUGCGCUACGUGAACCUGACGUCUCUGCUGAUCUUCCGCUCCGUCAGCACAGCUGUGUACAAAAGGUUUCCCACCAUGGACCACGUGGUAGGAGCAGGUUUCAUGACAAGAUAUGAAAGAAAACUUUUUGAUGACCUUAAGUCUCCUCACCUUAAAUACUGGGUUCCAUUUGUCUGGUUUGGAAAUUUGGCAUCAAAGGCAACAAAAGAGGGAAGAAUUCGAGACAGUGUAGAUCUGCAGGCACUGAUGACUGAGAUGAAUAAGUACCGGUCUUGGUGUAGUCUCUUGUUUGGUUAUGACUGGGUUGGAAUUCCACUGGUCUAUACCCAGGUCGUUACUCUCGCUGUCUAUACUUUUUUCUUUGCCUGCCUGAUAGGACGCCAAUUUUUGGACACUGACCAAGGGUAUCAGGGACAUGACUUAGAUCUUUACAUUCCAAUCUUCACACUGUUACAGUUCUUCUUCUACGCAGGAUGGCUCAAGGUCGCUGAACAACUUAUUAAUCCAUUUGGAGAAGAUGAUGAUGAUUUUGAAACUAACUGGUGCAUCGAUAGGAAUUUGCAGGUCUCACUUCUGGCGGUGGACGAGAUGCACAUGAACUUGCCAAGGAUGGAGAAAGAUAUUUACUGGAAUGAUUCCUCUGCCCGGCCACCCUACACAAAAGCAGCUGCUGAUUACUGUAUUCCUUCAUUUCUUGGAUCAACUAUUGAAAUGGGGUGCAGCAAUAGUUGUUCUCAUGAUCCACCAAGGAUGGGCAGGAGAAGAGUACCAAUUACAGGUGGGACUUCGAGACACACUGUUAUGCCCCAGAAGCUGGCUGAUGCUGGAUUCCUCCACGGGGAAGAGUGGCCCUGGGAAGAGGAGAAACACCGAAGACAAUAUUCAGUGCUAAGAAGAGUCAAGAGGUUUCUCAGCGUCCACGAGGGCCCUCCGUCCCCGGCUCACCGAAGCUACAGUCGGCAGACAAGUGAGAAUUCCGUGUUUUUCCCAGCGGACGAGAAGGGGUACAUCAGGCGGUUGCAGGAGAUGCACACCAGAGGGAGACACUCUACCUCGAGCUUCAAGAAGAAACACGAAGGAGCUGACAGAAGCAACAGGCUUCACAGUAGCAAAGAUCUAGGGCCCAUCACGGAAACCUCAAGGAAUGAGGCACAUUUUGGCGACAGUGACACCUCAUCCGAGAUAAACAAGCCAGUUCCUGAGGUCAUAAUCUCUGAAGCUGAGGAGACAGCACCUGACGUGCUGGGCAAACCAGGUCCGCAAACAGCACACGCUGCAAGCAUGCCAGAAGAGAAGCUUCAGAGGAGUCUAACUGAGGAAAAUGUGACUCUUCUGGACCACCCUUAUUUCCCCCCCGAAAUGCCUACAUACCUCCUAGGCUCUGAGUUGCAUCAGUCACUUCCCACUGUGAUAGGGGAGCCCAAACAUGAACCCCUUGUUAGCAACAUAGCUGGUUUCAUGACAGAUCAUGAGAGAUACAUUCAGCGAUGGAGUUUACCGAGCUUCCAUAGUCAUAUUGACGCUGCACCACCUUCAGCAGAAUCUGGGACAACUUCAGAGCAAGGGACCUCCACAGAUGGAAAAAAUGCUACUUCUGCUGCUGUUCCAGAGAUAUUUGAGAUGCAGCACUUAUGGGAAAACUUGGAUGGUAAAGAAACAGCUAUAGUAGAAUUUUAUCAUGAGAAAAGUGAAAGAAAACUUUGACCGUCCUUCCCCUGGUUCUGACUGAACUUAUUGUCUUCUUUUGAAAGUGGUUCUCACACACAUUAUCUAGAAGUGCAGAAAGGCAGACAUGAUGCUCAGACAAAUCCUGAGCAAGAUCCAACAGAGGAUUUGAGCACCUAAAUAGGAGGAAUUGUGGUAACAUACUUUAAACUGCUUGGUCACUGGCUCGAAAUCUGUGACCCUGUGGGGAAAAUAUUUAUGGGGAGAACUGAGAGCCUCAGGAGUGGAGGCAAACCAGCCAGUGUGCUUGGCAGAAAGCUGUGUAGGCUCACCUAGAGGAAGCACCUAGAUUAUCAGAAGAGUCAGGUUAGCUCUAUCCACUUUGGAUCCAUCCUGAACACUGCUAACUUUGGCUGCUCCUUCAAGGAUGUCUGUGGCAUCCUUGUAAGACCCACCAACAGUUUUAGUUUCUACUCAAGUGGCCAGAAGGGGAGGUGUGGGCUUAGCACUCUCCUCAUCCUGGAGAGAUUCAGCCCACCAUCUCUCACUGUUUGGAGGAAUGCUUGAAGAGACAGGCUCCUUGUUUAUGUGGGACAAGAGCCUGCCCCUCUCCUGCUGAAGUUAUGCCAGUACAGAGUGGAAAAAAUAAAAGCAUGAAAUGUUUAACUUCAUUGAAAAAUGGAAAAGGCAAAACUGCAGAUGAGCUGGGCAUGGGAGGUCUGAGCCUUGGUUUCUGCUCCUUGGAGCAUGUAUAUGGUGUACCAAGUGGCUGUUUAUUGUAAAAUACUGUGAUGAAAGGGCUGUGGCACUCUCUCAGGAGGUGAUGGAGCUGCAGGGGCACCUGAGCUCAGCGUUCUGCUCUUGUAGAGAUCUUCACUUGGCAGCACACAGGCUGCAGUCAUCCCAAGGAGACAAGCAAAUGGUCUGAGACUACUAGGAGAAACUGCUCUCCGCUUGCUUCCUUCCUCGCCCAUUCCCAUGCUUCCCAGUUGUAUCAUAUAUGUUCUCCAUUAACCCAAACCCAAGGCAGUAUUAGGUGGCUUCUUCUGCUCACAGGGUGGCCAAACCACAUCUCUACACCUCCUGGUAGCAACCCGGCCUUUCAGCUGCCGUUCCUGCAGGAAGUCUCGAAGGAAGCCCUGAAAGCAACAGCAGCUCUCUGUUUUUAACUCUCACCCACAUCUAUAUGAAUGCAGUUCAGAGCAUGACGCCAGCAUUCCCCCAGGAGUGAGUAUCCAAGCAGAUGGAUACUCAAACCAGACAAGGGUUUCCCAGACACCUGCAGAGGAACUUCUUCACACCAUGAGGUGAGGAGACACUCGUGUCUGACAGCAGCUGAGUGGUGAGGUUUGGUCACAGUUUUGGACUAAGCCAAACCACAGUUCUGGUGCAACCUCACCCUUGCCACUCCACAACAAGUCCCCAGGCAAAUCAAGUUGUUGUGUUUGGGUUUGACCAACAAAAUGAGGACUCCCAACAAAGUGAAAUUAUAUUGAAAUAAAGAGCAUCUUACCCCAGCA